UCGAUUUAACAUUUGUAACUUGAUAUUAUGUAAGUGACGAUAAUAUCGAUAAAUUUGUGUGUAAUCGAAAAAUCUUUGGUAUAAAUGCCCUAUCAAGGUUUAAUCAAAUCAUUCGGAUCUGAAUUGAAGUAAUCGAUAUGUCUUCUACUACCUUCUUCCUCGUUUGUGUUCAAGCUUGCAUCCUUCAGGUCUGUUUUGGGCAAGCUAUUAAUCCAGCAGCAGCUCUCGGCAAUGGGCUGGUAGGAGGCCUUGGUUAUCCAAACGCCCUUGGAUUCGGCAAUCCUGGACUCGGCGUAGGCCUCAAUGGUUUGGGAUAUCCAAAUGGACUGGCAGCCCCUGGAUUGGCCGCCGCAGGCCUUGCAAAUGGAAUGAUGUCCCCUGCGCUUGCCCCAGGAAUGAUGGCUCCGGGAAUGGUCGGUGCGGGAAUGGCCGGUGCUGCAUUAGCUAAUGCUGGACUUGCAGCUGCUAACAUGGUAGCUCCAGGUUUAGCUCCUGCUGUAGCUGGAGUACCCGGUAUGCCCGGACCUUAUGGUGGUGUUGGCAAUGGCGACUUGAAAGUCGCUGGAGAGUUGCCAGUAGCUGGUACUACCAUCGUAGCUGGACAGGUUCCAAUUGUUGGUGCUGUCCAAUUCGGUGGUGAUGUAAAGGCUGGUGGUGUCGUUACCAUCAGCGGUUCUUGCGGCUGCGGUGGCAAUGUAGCAUAUUAAUGUAAUUUAGUAUUUUAUUGUUAUGUAGUAUAUUAAAUAAAUUAUAUUUUAUUUAUAACUAA